AUGGCUGAAGCAAGGAGGGAUGAAGAUUGGAUCGAGAAAGACAACCGAAAAGGAGGUAGGAAUGUGAUUCUGCUGAAAGAGGAUUACGUGCUCCAUGUCAAGAGAUGGAAGGAAGAUCAGAACGGUGAUGAAGAGAUUGUUUCCAAUUUUUCAGUUUGGGUUCAAUUUUCGGGUUUGCCAGAAUCGUUUAAAACCCUCGAAGUUGGACAUAAAUUGGGAGAGAGGCUGGGCACAGUGUUGGAGGUAGGUAAAUUUCAGAUGAGAGACAAAGAAACUAGGAUUGUAAAGGCCAAGAUCAAUAUUGAAGCUACCAAGAAAGUGAGGGAUCAGUUAAUUGUUGCAGGACCUAAUAAAAAGGAGGUAGAGGUGGCAUUGCACUAUGAGAAACUUGAAAAGUUCUGUACUUACUGCACAAAAUUGGGGCACGAGGUGAAAAAUUGCCAUGAUCUGCUGAAGGACACAGAGAGUGAUAGGGUAAAAGAGGAUGACAUUGGCGAAUGGGUUAAAGCCAACCAAGUGGGAAUACGAAUUAACUCUGAAAGAGAAAGAACAUUCAACAACUCAGCCUAG